AUGCAGUUCUCCAAGUUCGCCAUUCUUCUCGCCUCGGCCUCGACCGCCAUUGCCGCCCCUCUGGAUCUCGAGGCCGGCACCGGCAAUGCUCUGGUCGGUAGCAAUGCGCUCGUUGCCAGGCAGACCGGUGCGAUCACCUUCAACCUUGGUAUCAUUCCGGGUCUCACCGGGCUUCUGGGCUCGCUCCUCAACACCCUCAACCUCGGCACCACCGUGAGCAACCUCGUGGCUAUCCUCGGCCAGGUGCCCAAUGGCAUCAGCGCUGCUCAGGCCCAGCUCCUGGCCCAGGCCCAGUCGGUACUUACGGGCUUGGGACGUCAGCUCACUGCCGCCGAGUCUGCCCUGCUGGCCCAGAUCAACACUGCUCUCGCCCUCAUCGGCACUGUUCCCGGCACGCUCCAGGGUACCGCGGGUGCCACCCUUGGCCAGUUGACGAGCAUCGUUGGGACGCUCCCCGCCACUCUCCAGACUGCGAUCACGAACGCUAUCGCUCAGGUCGGUGGCGUCCCGCGCAUCAACGCGGACGGCAGCUACUCCAUUGUCGUCACCCUGGCCUUCGCCACCCCUCAGCCCAUCACCCCCGACCCCUCCGGAGCCAGAAACGUCGGCAACGGCGCCGGCAAGCAGUUCAUCACCGGCGCCUGCAGGAGCACCGCCGACUGCGCCCAGCCCGCCUGCUGCGCUGGAAUCGCCGGCGACUCGUCAAUCGGCAUCUGCUCCGGCCUCGCUGUUGGCAACGUAGCCGGCAAGACGGGCUGCGGCUUUGGCGACAACGGCUCCGCCACUGCUCCGGCUGCUGCUGCUGCUGCUGCUGCUGCUUCUCCUCCUCCUUCAGUCGCCGCUCCGAUCGCAGCCCCUGCAGCCGGCAACAGGACCACCGGGGGAGGUGCCGCUGCGGCGCCCGGCACGUGCAGAGUCGAUUCUGCCAAGUCGGGCAGCCAAAACGUCGGCAAGGGCAACAAGUCCCAGUUCAUCACGGGCCAGUGCCUCAGCAAGGCCGACUGCGCGUCCAACUGCUGCGUCGGCCAGGCGAGCGGCGCUGGCGAGUGCAGGGCUGAGUUGGUCGCCACCCAGGCCGGGCUCAGCUGCGACUUUGCCUGCACUGCCUGA